CCACUUCAACAUAGUCACCAGCAACCUCCUCCUUCCCUUCCUAACAAACUUUAUUUUCUAAAUUCCCUCCCUUCAUAGCAAAUUAUUUUUAUUUGUAUUUUGCUAUUAACAAAACUACAUUUCAUCAAGUCAUGCAUCUAGCUCUUGUACCAUCUCUCACAGAUAAAUCUCAUCAUAUAUAUCCAAUUCACUUCUUAGGUACAUAUGCUACAAUGUGCAUUUAUAUGCGCCUUGAUUCAAGAAAAGAUCAAUCUUAUGGAAGAAAAUCAAAAUUAAGGCUAAAGCUUCAUAGCCUAACGAUCAAAUCAGUAAAUUACCUGAAUGUUGAUAAAUUAAUAAAAUAUCAUCUUAUUUUACCACAAGUCAUAACUAUCCGCUCAAAGUGAGAGUACGGUUCGAAAUCUGCAAUGAUGUAUCAUGUAUGGGUCCCGUCAACCAAGAAGACCAUGAAAUUGGGGUUUAAGCAAUAGAACAUUUCUUGUAAUCCUUAAACCCUUGUUUUUGGGUAGAAGAACUACCCAAUAAAAUACAAAUACAAUGUCCCAAAUCACAACUCUCCGCCUCCUAAUUAACCAUUCUCCUCCAAUUUUCUCACCUCUUUUCUUCAAACCCAGAAAUCUUCAUCUUCCAAUCAGGCGUUUCUCUCUCCUCACUACCUUUUCUUCAUUACCCAAGAAGCAAACAAAUUUGCAAUCUUCUCCUGCAAAACCCCUCAAGUACAAGAGCAGAUAUAAGAGUUCUUUGGCUGAGAAAAAGAAGGGAGAAGAAGGUGCAAAAAUGGCGGAAACUGAGUCUUCUGGGUUUAAUAAGAGGAGGGCAAUGGGCAAAGAUAAAGAUGAUAAGCCCAAGAAUCUUCAACUCAAAGUUAGAAAACUUAAUCCUGUUAAUACUAUCUGCUAUGUUCAGAUUCUGGGUACUGGAAUGGAUACUCAAGAUACAUCUCCUUCAGUCUUGCUUUUCUUUGACAAGCAAAGGUUUAUCUUUAAUGCCGGAGAGGGUUUGCAGCGUUAUUGCACAGAGCACAGGAUUAAGCUGUCAAAGAUAGAUCACAUAUUUCUGUCUCGAGUCUGCUCAGAAACUGCUGGAGGACUUCCAGGUCUUUUGUUGACUUUGGCUGGAAUAGGGGAAGAAGGAAUAUGUGUCAACAUGUGGGGCCCUUCAAAUCUCAAGCAAUUGGUUGCGGCGAUGAAGGCUUUCAUUCCAAAUGCUGCCAUGGUCCACACUCAUAGCUUUGGUCCCUUGCAUGGCCCUGAUGAGAUAGCAGUGUCUGAUUUGUCUAAAUUUUCAGGACCCAUUUUACUUAUCAGUGAUGAGGUUGUUAAAUUAUCAGCUAUACUCUUGCAACCAAACGAGGAUAAGGAAAGUAUAAACAAUGAAUCAGAAACAUCUAUAAAACCUAGAGAUCUUUCCGUAGUCUAUAUUUGUGAGCUACCCGAAAUUCAGGGAAAGUUUGAUCCUGAAAGGGCUAAGGCACUUGGACUGAGAGCUGGACCAAAGUAUCGGGAACUGCAGCAAGGAAAAUCAGUGAAAUCAGAUCAUCGUGAUAUUAUGGUUCAUCCUACUGACGUGAUGGAUCCUCCUAUUCCUGGACCUAUUGUACUUCUUGUUGAUUGUCCAACAGCUUCUCAUUUACAGAAUUUAUUGUCAGUGGAUUUUCUCAAUAAGUUCUACACAGAUUUCUCUGGUAAUUUGUCUGAAAAUACCAGGGCAGUGGCUUGUGUAAUUCAUUUAAGUCCAUCAUCUGUUGCUAGUAGUCCUGCUUAUCAAAAUUGGAUGAAGAGAUUUGGCGAUGCCCAGCACAUCAUGGCUGGACAUGAACGGAAAAAUGCUGAAAUACCAGUUCUAAAAUCAAGUGCUAAGAUUGCAGCAAGACUUAAUUACUUGUGUCCUCGGUUCUUCCCUGCUCCUGGGUUUUGGUCUCUUGACACAGACAAUAUUUCAUUAAACUCUACUUUUUCAACAAAGGACCCUCAAACCACCAUUGCUGCUGAGAAUCUUCUUAAGUUCAAUUUGCGUCCAUAUGCAAACCUCGGUUUGGACAGAUCAUCAGUCCCUGCUUAUACUGGACCUGCUCAAGUUUUGGAUGACUUACGCGCCGAAAUUCCUGAGAUUGACAAUACAGUGCAGCAAGUUAGGCAAUUGUGGAAUAGUCCUGUGGAAGUUAACGGAGAAAUGUCAUUAGAAAAUAACAAUUCUGUUGUGGAAGAGCCAUGGUUUGAUGAGCUUGGUCUGCCCAGUUGUUUGCAAGAUAUAACCCGAGAGGAUAUGGAGAUUGUCCUUCUGGGCACUGGAUCAUCCCAGCCUUCCAAGUACCGUAACGUGAGCUCUAUCUUCAUCAAUCUUUUCUCAAAAGGGAGUUUGCUUUUUGAUUGUGGUGAAGGCACAUUGGGUCAGUUGAAGAGAAGAUUUGGUGUAGAAGGUGCAGAUAAUGCUGUGAGAAAUUUGAGGUGUAUAUGGAUUUCUCAUAUUCAUGCUGACCAUCAUACAGGACUAGCAAGAAUUCUUGCUCUACGUCGUGAUUUAUUGAAAGGAGUUCCUCAUGAACCUUUGUUAGUUGUGGGCCCAGGACAGCUGAUGAGAUUUCUAAAUGCAUAUCAAAAACUUGAAGAGCUAGAUAUGCAAUUUCUUGAUUGCAGGCAUACAACUCAAGCCUCUUGGGAUGCUUUUGCCAGUUCUCUCAACUCAGAUCAAGGAUCAUCAUCUCCUACUAAUUUUGGAAUUAAUGUUGAUUCUACACUCUUUAUUAAAGGAAGCCCAAUGCAAAGCUAUUGGAAGAGACCUAGUAGCCCAGUUGGAAAUGCUGCUUCCAUGGAAAGACUUUCGCACUUGGGUAAAGUGCUGCAAGAUGCGGGGCUAGAGACCUUGAUAAGUUUUCCUGUUGUGCACUGCCCACAAGCUUUUGGCAUUGUCCUGAAGGCUGGUGACAGAAUCAACAAUGUUGGUGAAGUGAUACCAGGAUGGAAAGUGGUGUACUCUGGGGACACAAGGCCCUGUCAGGAGCUGAUAGAAGCAUCUCAUGGCGCUACCGUCCUAAUACAUGAGGCAACCUUUGAGGACGCCUUGAUGGAUGAGGCUGUGGCUAGAAACCAUAGCACUACAAAAGAAGCCAUUGAAGUGGGUGAAGCAGCUGGUGUAUAUCGCAUAAUUCUUACACACUUCAGCCAACGGUACCCAAAGAUUCCUGUGUUCGAAGAUGCCCACAUGCAUAAUACGUGUAUAGGCUUUGACAUGAUGAGCAUCAACAUGGCAGACUUGCCUGUUCUUCCUAGGAUUCUUCCUCACCUCAGACUUCUCUUCAGAACUGAAAUGGGUGUUGAUGAAGCAGAUGAUCUUCUUCCUGAGGCAGUUAGUGCAGCUUCUUAGUCGCAUUUUUUCUUCCGGCAAUGUCUUGCUGACUAAAAGGGGGGGGGGGUAAUUUUUACAUCGCCCGUGAACUUGUAAAUUGUUCCACAAAUUGUACAGCCUCUUUUUGCUGUGGGAUAUUAGUAUGUGCUGCCAUUUCUGUUCUAGAUAUAUAUUCUUUUAUAAUUGGAAUGAAUGAAAAUAUAAAAUAUAUGAAA